CAUAGUUCCAUAUAGCUGAAUGAUGAGACUAGGGUUUUAAACUCAUUAUAUUAUAUAAACUCCGUCAAUCUUUGUGACAAGCCAAUUCUUUGUGUAGGUGCUAAAUCCCUAGUAAGCCGCCAUGGUGAAGUACUCAAGGGAGCCUGACAAUCCAACCAAGUCUUGCAAGGCUAGAGGCGCCGACCUUAGGGUUCAUUUUAAGAACACUAGGGAAACUGCCUUUGCAAUCAGGAAGUUGCCCUUGGUUAAAGCUAAAAGGUACUUGGAAGAUGUUCUUGCGCACAAGCAGGCCAUUCCAUUCAGACGUUUCUGUCGUGGUGUUGGAAGGACAGCUCAAGCAAAGAAUAGACACUCUAAUGGCCAAGGAAGGUGGCCUGUCAAGUCAGCAAAAUUCAUCCUUGAUUUGCUCAAAAAUGCUGAGAGCAAUGCUGAAGUGAAAGGUUUGGAUGUUGAUGCGCUUUACAUUUCUCAUAUCCAAGUCAAUCAAGCACAGAAGCAAAGACGCCGAACAUACCGAGCCCAUGGAAGAAUCAAUCCUUAUAUGUCAUCUCCGUGCCACAUAGAGUUGAUAUUAUCUGAAAAAGAAGAACCUGUGAAGAAGGAGCCCGAGACUAAGUUAGCAACAAGCAAGAAAUCCCAAGCUCUUCGAAGUGGCACUUCAUCUUAGUUUUGUUUGUUUGUUUUAUUUUUGUUAUGGUUUGGUAUGAGUUUCAUACUAUGCUUCAAAUUAAUGAGUUAAUUGAAAACUUAGUAUAUUUUGAUUUCCUUGUUAUCCUUCGGAUGGAUUACUUAACAUUAGUUUCAAAAGAAAUACUAAAUGUUAGAACAUAAAUCGAUGGUUAAGUCGUACUGAAUUA